AGUAUCACAUAAAGCACUUUAUUUCGUGUGUACCAUAUUUGCUAUGGCUCCAAUGCUUCAUAUAUUUAAAUGAAGGAAUUGAGUUCGAAAGUGGUUGUCUUCUGAAGAGAAUUUUUUUUUUUUUUAUCAUUCAUGGGUUUUUUUGUAGCACAUGUAGUGCAAGGAUCAGCACUAGCCCUUCUUGGAUUAUGGCACACCAUCCACACCAUCAGAUCUUACCUGGUGAAGGGCCCUGCCAACUUCACUGUAAGAUUCUGGUACCAGUUUAACACUACCCCUCAGUCUAGACUUAAACACUUAGAACUUGUUUCUAUUUUAUCCUUUUCCAUCCUUGCAUUUUUCGAUCAAAUUCUAGACUUCCCUCAUUUCCACUAUGCCUUUAAGCUUGACAACUUUGAGCAUGCAACUAUGUUCAUACACCUUGCUUUGUUUGCUGGUUUCUCCCUCUCCACUGAGUUGACUGAUUCACUUGACCUCUUCUCCGGCUUUGUUGGGAUACUUGCAUCCUCGGUGUUUAGUCAAGAACUAUUCCUUCUCCAUUUUCACUCCACAGACCAUGUUGGACUUGAAGGCCAUUACCACUGGCUGCUGCAGCUCAUAGUGCUUGUCUCACUAGUAUCAUCUUUGGCUGCAACUAUUUUUCCUAACAAUUUCAACGCGGCUCUCGUGCUUUCUAUUUCACUCAUCUUCCAAGGAUGUUGGUUUAUAAACAUGGGGUUUAUGCUAUGGAUUCCAUCUUUUGUCCCUGAAGGGUGUGCGGUGAAUUUGGCCAAGCCAAGUGGCCAUGAAAUCAUUGGAGCAGUGACUUGUAGUUCCAAAGAGGCUGAUUUCAGGGCCAGGGGAUUGGCCAAUUUGCAAUUCAGUUGGAUCCUUUCUUCAAUUCUGAUAUUUGCAGGAAUCAUUUGCUUGAAACUUUCUAGGAAAUGUACAAUUACAACAAACCGGUUGGAGUAUGAGAGAAUUCAAACUAAAGGUGCAACAGACUCAGCUUUGGCCAAUGAAGGUUUCAAGCAGGCCAUAUAAUCUACUAGCACAGUUUGUUAAACAGGUCUGUUGCUUGCACUUUUAAGGUCUCAAGUGUACAUGAGACCUGAGUUAUGCAAAUGAAAUAAGCUACAGUGUAUUUUAUUAUAUACCAAGUUUAAAUAUAGAUGUCCAACAAUCUGUUAGGUUUUAUAACCUGUCAGGAAAUCCUUAGCUAGCUAUAUAAUGUUGGUAGAGUUCAAAACUAUCAAGUUACUAAAUGUAAGAAGCAUAACAUCUCCAGAUCUUGAUUGCUUCAUGAAUUCCCUUAAAUUUCAAACAACAUUCUGCUGGUAUUGGACUUGUAAAUUAUAAGGAUGUUUCUGCGUAUCAAUUGAGAGUUUAGUUUUGUUGGUUUCAUUGAU